UAGUUUGAUUCCCAAUUUGAGUAUUUAAUUCAGUAAUUAUUCAUUUGUACCACUAGAGGGAACCGGCGUACCAUGAGCGAUACCCCGACCACAACUGGAAGAAUCUCUGGCCUUGUGUUUGUCAUUGUUGAGUUCAACUUUUCUUCAAGUCAUUCGUCUCUAAUGUGUGGGGGGUCGCUUGCUUUUCGUGCUUGAACUGCUUUGAUUUUGCGCAUGUGUGUGUGCCACCUUGAGGAGGAUCGGCAGGUUUCAUCUCUUAACUGGCGCUCCAUCGCAGAGGUGAAGGCAGACGCUCAAAUCAUUUCCCCUGGCUGCGCCACGCCGCCGUUUCUGGGUCACUCUUCAGCCCUCCGAGAGGCCCGGCGUCCACGAGCGGAGCAUGAAGAGAGGGAGAGAGAGAGAGCAGGGAAAGGUAUUUAUAGAAAAAUGGGGCUUCGCUGUACCUUUUUCUUGCAAAGAACCAUUUCCGAACUGGCUGUCCCACUUUUAUGAUCGUCAUCCACUCAGCGAGGCUGGAGUGAGCCCUCCGUCUCCUUAGUUGUGUUCUCAUCGCACGUUAGGACCGCCAUCGUGACCUUUUUGGGGCUGUAUGCAAUUUCUCAAGCAGGCAGUGCAAGACAGCAUUUUUUGGGGGGGGAGGUCCAGGUUGAGAGUUGUUGUGAGGGUGUGUGUCGGCGGGCACUCCUCGACUGCAUCUGUCUCCCCCCCAGGCCGCGGGGGGCUGAAGGGUAAGGCUGGCCGGGACGUGCCCCGCCGCGAGCCGGGCAAGGAUGAGGCGUUUCCUGAGCAGAAAGGGCCGCUUCUCCCUGCGCCAAAGCAAGUCUGGCACCCGAAGUGCUUCCAAGGAUUUCCUUCUUGGUCUUCCCGCUACUAAUCAGAACUGGCCCGAGGCUUUUGGGUUCCGACUGGGUGGCACGGGGCCCAGCUACAUCAUGUCGGUGGUGGAGGGCAGCAGCGCCUUCCUGGCGGGCCUGCAACCCGGCGACCAGGUGGUGGACAUCGAGGGCCAGGAUGUGACUAACCUCAGCACCCCGGCACUGAUCGCGCUUGCUCAGACCCUCAAAACGGUGCCGCCCAGUAUUGGUGUGGUGUCACGAAUUGAACAGAUCGACAUCACUCCCAGCCCGGACGGCCGCUUCGGCUUCACCAUCGUGGGCGACAGCCCCCUGAUGGUGGAGGACUGCGUACCCAACGGCGCGGCCAGCCACAGCGGCCUCAAGGUCAGGGACUACGUCAUGGAGGUCAACGGCAUCCCGGUCAAGCAUCAUGAGACGGCGGCGGCCAUGAUCAAAGCGGCGCAGGGUCGUCCGCUGCGUCUGGGCGUGCUGAGUAUGGCGCGCCGGCCCAAGCGCCUGAGCAGCAGCAUGAGGGUGGUAUCGCAGAGCGGGGACAGCGUCAGGGAGAGUCGAGCACACAAGGCCAUGGAGUUCAACAAGAAGGUGGAGGAAGUGCUGGGCGAGGAUCCAGAUGUGAAGGAGCAGCUGUUUGACGUGUUGAAGCAGUACGCCGCCGAGCGCCACGUCGAGAGUCUGGCCGAGGCCCUGCCGGACAUCCUCAUCACGGAGGAGCAUCAGCAGCUCAUUGCGAGUGUCAGGAUCUUCAUUCCCAAGAAGCACCGGGAGCGUUUCGACGAGGUGGUUUCCCAGAGCUUGAUGAGCCGUCUCAAGGGGCGGAGCUUCAGCGACCCGACCCGGAGCCACCUGCGCCGCAGCCGCAGCGAAGAUCACCCCGAACACUUAGUGGUCUCCACGCGCGCCAGUUCUGUGCCACGCACACACGCGGAGGAAAACUGCGCUCCCCCGCCCCGCGGCAUGCGCAAGACCACGUCUCUGGUAGCUGGACACUCCAGCACCUCCACAACCAACUGCAGGACUGUGAGAGUGUGCAGAGGCAACAUGAGCUUUGGCUUCACUCUCAGGGGUCACGCGCCUGUGUGGAUCGACUCGGUCAUCCCCGGGGGCGCAGCAGACAAGGCGGGUCUAAAACCAGGAGACCGCAUCCUGUUUCUCAACGGACUUGAUAUGAGGACCUCUUCCCACGAGAAGGUGGUGUCCAUGCUGCAGGGAAGCGGUGCCAUGCCCACGCUGGUAGUGGAGGAUGGCCCGCCCUCGUUCGCCAUGUCGGAGCAGGAUCCGGCGGGGGGCGGCAAUCCCGUGGAGCGCGCUCGCUCCCCCGUGCUCAGCUCCCUGCAGUGGGUGGCCGAGAUCUUGCCACCCAGUAUCCGAGUCCACGGCCGCACCUUCGGCCAGCAGCUGGAGCACCUGCUGACCGUCCAGGAGAAGUACACCAUCUGCAAGGCUCUGGAGAACUUCUUCCAGCACAGGAAUGUUGACACACUGAUCGUGGACGUGUUCCCGGUGCUGGAUACACCAGCCAAGCAGGUCAUCUGGCAAUUUGUUUACCAGUUGCUGACGUAUGAAGAACAAGAACACUGCCAGAACAAAAUCUCGCGCUUUCUUGGAUUCAAGGCACCAGUUACACCACCACCACCACCUCCUCCUCCUCCUCCAGAGGCCGAGGUUGCCCCUGAGCCCCAUCGCCGCAGCAGCUCCAUGAGGGUGACGGGCACCACGUACAGGAGCAGUGUGAGGGGGCGGAGCUCUGAUGACCUGCUCAUUGGCACACACUUGAGCAUGGGCUUCCGUGCAGACUCGCUACUGGAGGCAGGAAUGAGGUUGGCUCCAGGAGAAAGACAGUCAGGGGAUGGAACCUCUCUCCCAGAGACUCCCAACAACCUCACAAAUCUAUCAGCCGUGUACGCCGAACUGGAGAACAUGUACGCGGCCAAGAGAUCCAAAUCCCUGAAGACACGCCCUCCUCCCACCCCCGAGACUUUUGUGGAUCUGGACCCUCCCACCCGCACAGGUAGUCGUAAAGCCCUCCCGUCUGCGAUAACCUGGCCAGAGCCUCUUCCGAGCCCCCCCACUUCCCAAUUCUACCCCUCAGGCCCGACGAGCCAGAACAGCGGGGAGUCCAACCCCUACGUUAGCCUGGACAGCCCGCCGCCCUCGCCGCCGGAGCUCAUCGACUUUCCCUCGAGUCCGCCGCCGCACCGAAGCAGCAAACGCCGCUAUACUUUCUCAAAGCCACCGCGGUCUGACGACACCGACCGCUUUCUGGACGCGUUGAGUGAGCAGCUGGGCCAGCGAGUGGCAAUCGUUGAUGAUUUUCUCACUCCCGAAAACGACUAUGAAGAGGAGGUUGUACAGAUAGCGUUCCCGGAUGAUGAUGAUGAGGAUGGGGAGGAGGAAGAUAACGAUGAAGACUUGGGAGUGGACGAAGAAGAAAACGGCGGAUUUGUGGGUCCCGAGCUGAGCAGUCCCAGCGACAUCCAAAGCAGCAGCGGGGACGAUAAUGUGUCCUCCCUCACUUAUUCCUCCUCUUCUGACCACAUCCCUCCGCCCCCCAUGACGCCUCCUCCACCUCCGCCCGUUCAGUUCAACGACACGCCGGCUCCUCCGGCUGCACCUGCGCCGUCUCAACCUGCACCACACCAACAACAGCAACAGCAGCAGCCGAGUUACACCCCUGAACACUCACCAAGAGCUUACGUGUCCAUCCGUCGGAAAUCCGGCCCGCCUCCCCCACCCCCGCCCCGCAAUAACCCGCCACCAAAACGACACUCCUUGCACAAAGUGCUGCCCUCAAAAGAGGAGCUGCAGGUCCAGGCUGCCAUACAAGAGCUAAAGGCCUAUCAAGAGCAGCAGUCGUGCGAGGAGCAACAAGCGUAUCGAGAGAGGCAAGCGUAUGAAGAGCUGAAGGCCUUUGAGAAACAACAGGCCUUUCAGGAGCGCCAUGCGUAUCAGGAGCAAAUCUUCAAGGAGAGACAAGCCUAUGAGGAGCAGAAGGCGUUGGAAGAACUGAAAGCAUUUGAGGAGCAAAUAUUGCAGGAGCAACAAGCCUUCCAGGAGCAAAAAGCUUUCGAGGACCAAGUCAUGAAACGCAUCUACCAGAGCCACCAAUCAAUGCCUGCCCAGCCCACCCAGCACAACAUCCACUCGCCAUUACCACUCCAGCAACUACACCAGUCUUUACCUCCGCUACCUGCACCAGAAUCCGCCAACCAUCACUCUCGACAUCCUCUUUAUAUGAUGCGGCAAGCGCCGCAGCACCAGGCCCACCCGGGGCACCUCCACCGACGCCUGUCCCGGUCAGCCCCGCCUCCUCAUCAUCCACCUCCUCUACCAACGGCCAACCCGAGUCAGCAAUAUCCCGAGGGUGUUUGCCAAAGCCACCAAAGCCUCAGGACCCAGCCCCACCACUCCUCAGCCGAGAUGCUCCACCAGUUGCAACAAGCGCAGAUCCACCCGCCGCCGGCGGAGAUGUUGCAGCAAAUGCAACAACCCAGCAGCCACUACUCGUCUGCGGAAAUCUUCCACCACCAGCCCAAGAUCCAUCACUCCCCGACGGAACUCCUCCAUCAAGCUCACCAGAGGAUGCAGAGGCAGCCUCACCACUCCUCCACGGAACUUCUCCAUCAAGCCCACCAAAUGCACCGGGGGCAGCCCCACCACGUGUCCAACGAGCCGCCCCACCAGAUACACCAAACCCAACCCCACCAUUCCUCCAUGGAGCUACUCCACCAGUCCCAUCUGAUGCACCAAGGCAAGCCCCAUCAUCACUCCUCCACGGAGCUCCUGCAUCAAGUCCAGAAAGAGCCUUCCCCCCAACCGCUUCAGAUGAACCGGGAGAGCCACUCGCAUCAGAGCCAACGGAGUCUUAAAAGCCACCAUCAGACCCAAGGAUCACCACAAGGCCAGACGGUCCACCAAACGCAUCAGCCCCAGCCCGUCAAGCCACACCCCCAGAGGCCCCAUUCAAUUCAGCAGACUCACCAGCACUCCAGCAGCCCUCACAUCCACCACAUCCACCACAUGACCCCGCAACCUCUGCCGCAGGACUACCAGCACCAGAUUCACGUAAUCCAUCCACCCCAGCAACCCCACAGGUCCCACCAAUCCCUAUCGACAUUCCAGCCACUCCAGCCCACACUCUCCACGUUUCAGCCCCUCCCCCAGCAUAGCCAAACCCAGUCGGCUCCCCAAACGACCCGUCCUCAUUCCCAACCGUCCCACCACCUGAUGCAGUCCCAACACCAGCUCCAAAGCCAGUCCCAGGUCAAACAGGCGCAGAGCCAAACUCAACCCCAGUCGCUCCCCCACUCUCUAUCUGACCCCACCGAGCACCUGGAGCCUCACCCACCACCGCCACCCCCUCUGCCUCCGCCGUGUUCCCCUCCACCCUUACCCAGGCCUACCCUCUCCAGAAUGGACUCCCAUCACAUGAGUGUCAAGAGGCUGCGCUGGGAGCAGGUGGAGAACUCUGAAGGCACCAUCUGGGGCCAGUUGGGUGCAAAUUCUGACCAUGAGAAACUACAUGACAUGGUGAAGUAUUUGGACCUGGAGAUGCACUUUGGAACACAGAAAGGUUCUCUGCUUGCACCACUGCCGCUACCACAACUGGAAACAUUUAAGAAAAAAGAUGUCAUUGAAAUUCUGUCCCACAAGAAGGCCUACAAUGCAUCCAUCCUGAUAGCCCACCUAAAGCUGUCCCCGGGAGAGCUGCGUCAGGUACUGAUGAGCAUGAGCUCCGACAGGCUGGAGCCGUCGCACAUUAAGCAGCUGCUGCUAUACGCCCCCGACGCGGAGGAGGUAAAAAAGUAUCAAGAGUACAAGGGAGACCCCAGCAAACUCAGCGAACAGGACCAGUUUGUACUGCAGAUGCUGUCAGUGCCUGAGUACAAGAGCCGUCUGGAGAGCCUCCUCUUCAAGUGCUCGCUGCAGGAGAAGACGGAAGAGCUGAGGGGAGCCUACGAAUGCAUUAGCAGGGCCUCCUCGGAGCUGAGGAGCAGCAAGAAGCUUGCAAAGAUUUUAGAGUUUGUGUUGGCCAUGGGGAACUACCUGAAUAACAGCCAGCCUAAAACCAACAAGACAACUGGCUUCAAGAUCAAUUUCCUGACCGAGCUGAGCACAACGAAGACGGUGGAUGGGAAGUCGACAUUCCUGCACAUUCUGGUCAAGUCGUUGUGUCAUCACUUUCCCGAUGUGCUAGAUUUUUCCAAAGAUCUCACCAUGGUUCCUCUUGCAGCCAAAGUCAACCAAAGGACUAUCACAUCCGACGUGAAUGACCUCCACGGAACCAUCCAGAACAUCCGCUCGGCCUGUCAGAAAAUGCCCGCGACCGCUGAGGACCGCUUCGCCACUGUCAUGAGCACCUUUCUGGAAAACAGCCAUCCGGCCGUGCAGUCUCUGGAGUCUCUCCAGCAGAGCUCUCUGGAGGAGUUUUCUCGCACGGCCUCCUACUUCGGGGAAGACGGCAAAAGCACAAACACGGAGGCCUUCUUUGGCAUUUUUGCUGAAUUCAUCAACAAGUUUGAGUGGGUUCUCAGUGAUCAGCAGGCAGCCGAGAACCCGAAGAGCCCGAGAAGUCCUCGAAUGGCCUCCCCGCUUGCCUGGUAGCUCCUACAGAGAAGAAACAUGCACAUAUGCGCACAUACACAAUAUUGGUAAAGGUAUGGCAGGCGACAACAUACGGCUUGCUCUGCUCCUUUAUUCAGCCCAACGAGCAUUUACUUCAUCAAGAGUUUUACGCACAUUUUUUCCCAAAAUUGGUUAAAGAGCCUGUGAAGUGAAUUAAAGAUUGUUUUUUCUAAAUACAUUGCACAAGUUGCUGAAAAUGUGCAAAGACUGCGGACUCUGUAGUACUCAGAUAUAGAGAUACUGUUGAGUUUUUCACCAUUUCAGUUUUCUUUGGCUAAAAUGGCACCCGGUGACGCACUUGGUGUUGGCAUGAAUCCCCCCCCCCCCACACCCAAGCCCCCGCUCAAACUAUAAGAAUUGAGCACUUUCAUUUGCUUCGGUGCUUAUCCGACACUAUUGCGAGUUAUUUAUUAUUACUAGGCCCAUUACUACCACUACAGCGUGCACUUACCUAGCUAGCUAGCUAUUGUCACACCCUGAAAAUGCAUCUUUCCCGCAUGCCACAAAGUACAGAACAGCUCGUGUCGUUUUUCAAAUUCCCAAGCGAGGAAGUAAGGCCGCGGAUGAGCCCGUCGCGCAUCCGUCAGCUCAGUGGGGCCUCGAAAACCUUUUAUCCGGCAAGCUAGUUGGUAUCUCGCGUCUCUCAUAUCCCGGCACUGGAAACUUUUAGCGGAUGCAUUUCCACGGCUCAUCCAUGUAGAGAUGUGUAAGCAUAAGAAAAAAAAUACUUUAGAAAGUCGAUUCCAUUUUUCAACCGACAAGAGUUUGAUUUGUGACUGUUUUCAAACUUAUUUUGUAUACUUGCCAAUUCUUUUAGUCAUUUUAAUUUGGAAGUGCGGUUAGCAGCAGUCACUUCUGUGGUGUUUCAAAUGUGAAAUACUUUUUUUUUUCACUCUAGAGGGACUUGUAUUCAAAUUUGGCACUUGAGAUACUAUUUCAUUUUUUACAUCAACAUCUCCUAAUCUGGCUCCCGGUUUGUUUAAAAUAUCCAAUGUGGCCCUCGGACACAAACGUUUGCGCACCCCUGUUGUAAGUACUCACUGGAUUUAGUUUUAGUACAGUGUACUUGGUUUUAUUCUUACCCCGCAGAGACAAUAACCCUCAUUUUUAAUCAAUACCCAUAAUUGAACAAUGUUAUGUAUAAUGGUCGUAAUUUGGAGUAAGAUUAUGAAGAUACGGCCCGGCGGUCCAGCAGUUAGCGCGUCGAUCCCACAAUGCAGAGAUACCAGGUUCAAUUCCGGCUCCGGCAUUCCUGUGUGGAGUUUGCAUGUUCUCCCUGGGCCUGCGUGGGUUUUCUCCGGGUAUUCCGGUUUCCUCCCACAUUCCAAUAAACAUGCAUGGCAGGCUGAUUGGACACUCGAAAUUGUCCCGAGGUGUGCGCGGAUGGUUGUACGUCUCUGUGUGCCCUGUGAUUGGCUGGCAACCGGUUCAGGUGUCCCCCGAUUACUGCCCUAAGACAGCUGGGUUAGGCUCCGGCAUGUCCCGUGACUCUUGUGAGGAUAAGCAGAUCAGAAAAUGGAUGGAUAGAGUAUGACGGUGUAUCCAAUUACGUUUUUGUUGAAUGUAUAAAAAUAUAAAUAUUUUAUAGUAUAUAUGAUAUUCCAUAUACGUACUGUUUGUGUAACCUGCUUUUGAGCCACAUCGGUUCUUAUGUAGCAAUUGUAUGAGGAAGGAACUUAAGAGAUGGAUGAUCUAUUUAUGCCAACAGUGUUCUAUGUAAACAGAUGCAUUUUUCACAUUUAAGUUUCUUUUUCAUCGGCCACUAAUUACCUAGGUGGCGCUGUAACAUCACCAUAAAAUCCUUCGUGUGUAGCAUAGAUUCCGGAGGACAAGUUGGACUGAGUAUUUUCUGUUUAUUUUCUUAAGUUGCCCAACACACAGAAUGUAAAAAAAGUUCUUCAUUAAGUGUAGCUUAUAUUUGCGAUUGUCUAGAGAUAUUGCUUUGAAAAAUGUUAUGACAGAUGGCACUGGGUGUAAUAUUUUCACGCAGCUGACAGCGGGCAGUGUGCAAUAUGCUCAUGUUUUGCCUUAUGGUCCACAUCUAGAAAAAGAAAUAACGAAGAUGCAUACGUCAGGACUUUCAUUUAUGAAGGAAAAUAUGCGGAUGUGUUGACUUUUUGUGUCGUAGCUGCACUAAUGUACAUAAACAGCUAAUUAUACUGCAAACCCGCUCCUCUAGUGUAAGACAACGUUGAGUAGAACACCUAGGUGAGCAACUGUUUAAUUCUGAAGCUUUUAUCUGAAAUGAAUACAGUAUAUUGACCUCAUUGUGCAUCACGCCAGCGUGGCAUAGCUGAAAAUGUAGCAUAGUCGGUCCAAAUCGGGUAAAAUGUGGCCCAGUUGCCUCGAUCGUACCUACUGGAUUACCUUGACCUGGAUGGCAGAGAAUUUACAUGCACAUACAGAAAGAAAUUUUUUCAUAAGCACAUUGGUAAUAUUUUACCGAUAUUGUGGGAGUAAAAAAAAAAAAUAUAUAUAUAUAUAUAUAAUGCCAUUUGACUACAAUUUUUGCAAAUUCUGCACUUUUUCUUCAUGAGAUUCCCAGUUUCAUCUGGCAAUGAGCUUUUUUUUGUAUCAUAAUUUCUUCACUGUAAUCUCAUGACGCUUUCCCUUUUUUUCUCAUCAAGAUCGAUGUCUUUCUCGUAAUAUUUCUUCCAAUAAGAUCUUGACGUUAUUCUCAGAAGAUGGCAACUCUUUCCUAGAUUUUAAAUCUUUAUUUAAAACGUAUUUCUCGUGACAUUUGGAUUUGAAUCUUCUCAAAUGACAAUAUUAUUCAGUUGUCAAAAUUCUGAAUUUAUUCCUGUGAAAUGACAAGUUUGUCCACUAAAAUUAAAACUUGAAUCCUGUAAA